AUGGACCCAAUCAGAGUGAAGGAAGAGCCGAGUGAUAACUGGCCCGAUGUGAACGACGAUCAAUGCGAUUCGGGGGACUCUUGUGAAGCCGAAAAUGUUGAAGCUUUUCUGUUCCAUGAAUUAUCGGCAAAACACGAGAAAAAGAGUGGAAACAUAGAUGAAAGAAUUUUCAUAGAUUUUGAGUGCAAAGACGUCAAACCUGAUCUCAAGCCUUUAUCAAUAACCGAUUACAAAACUGAACGUCAAAUUUUCCUACCUACUGUGCAAGUGGAAAAUGAAAAUCAGAGCAAUGACGUAGACAGAAAUAUAAUUAUAGAUUUUGAGUGCAGUGAUUUUAAACUUGAACAAAAGCCUUCAUCGACAAGUAUUCACAAAACUGAGUAUCAAAGUUGUCAAUCCAUUUUGAACGUAGAAAACAAAAUUCAGAAAAAAGACAAAGUUCAUAAGAUUAUACAUCGUAAUGUUAAGCUUUAUAAAUGUAAACAUUGUCAGAAGGAUUUUGGUCAAAGGUCUAACUUACAAAGUCAUAUUUUAAUGGUUCAUAAAAAAAAGAAAGAUUACAAAUGUGAUAAGUGCCCAGCCGCAUUUACUUUUAAACAUAUCCUCAGAGAUCAUAUUAACGCAGUUCAUCAGUGCAUUAAAGCUUACAAAUGUAAGAAAUGUCCAAGUACUUUUACAUUCAGUCAAGCCCGUAAUAGACACUGGAAACUCAUGCACACUGAUAAAACUCAUAGCGACAAAAUGAAGGUCGCCACAAAGCCAUUCGUCGAAAUUCGAAUUACAGAAAAAGUUAAAAAUAAAAGAAACUUUGGUGUCUCGGUCGAUAAAAACGUGGGGUCCAGAUCUCCUAUUAAAAAUGUGAGGUACAGACCACCUUAA